AUGGUGAUCGUCGUCCUGCUGCUCCAUCUCACCUGCUUCUCGCAAUACGCGUUGUGCGGCCUCAACCUCGGGCUCACCAGGAGCUGGCAGCCUCCGGUGGGCGUCAGCCUCAUCAUGUCGGUCGCCAUAUGCGCAUCGGCCCUCGCCAACCUCUACAACAACCUCACCCCCUCGGCAAAGACUACGAGGUCCAGGCCGCAGGAUGAUGAUGAGCCUUCUUCUGGGGCGGAUCCCAUAUGGCAGUGGCCUAUAGGGCCACCAGGGGGUUGGAUGGGCACGGGCGCGUGCGUGCUCGCCGGCGACAGCAGAGCGAUGGGGUCGGAAUGGAAGUGGUCCACUGGCGUCGGCCGGAGCCGCAACAGGCAGGCAGCCGAGCAGCAGAGCUGCAACGUGGUGCAGGAGCAGGGAUGGCGUGGGGUGUGGCCGGGCGGAGACGGGGCAGGCGCGGCUGUGCGCGGACAGCAGGCCGCAGCAACGGCGCGGCGAGGGCAGCGGCGGGGUCCGGGCAUGCGUGCAGGCGCAGCCGUGGCUCGCGUAGGGCGCGAGGACGAUGGGUGCUGGGCGCGCGCGGGCAGCCAAGGUCGCCGCCGGAGCAGGGGACGCGGUCGACGACGAGCUAGGAGGGGCGGGGCCGCGUCUGUAGACCGGGGCGGUGAGCGCGGCGAUGUCCAGCGGGCGCGGAUGGCGCCAUCGCGGGCGAGGGAGCGACGCAGGGGAGGCGAAGCGAGGGCCGCCGCGGUGAGGGGCGGAUCCCAUAUGGCGGUGGCCUAUAGGGCCACCAGGGGGUUGGAUGGGCACGGGCGCGUGCGUGCUCGCCGGCGACAGCAGAGCGAUGGGUCGGCAUGGAAGUGGUCCACUGGCGUCGGCUGGAGCCGCAACAGGCAGGCAGCUGAGCAGCAAAGCUGCAACGUGGUGCAGGAGCAGGCGGGGAUGGCGUGGGGUGUGGCCGGGCGGAGACGGGGCAGGCGCGGCCGUGCGCGGACAGCAGGCCGCAGCAACGGCGCGAUGAGGGCAGCGGCGGGGUCCGGGCACGCGUGCAGGCGCAGCCGUGGCUCACGUAGGGCGUGA